UCAUCCACCCUCUGCGCGUUUCCCCUCAAACGUGGCAUAGUGUACGCGUACACAGUGUGUAUUAAAUCCCUAUCCGUAUACACAGUGCAGUUGUGUAAAUGACAGGAAGAAGGUGCACUAAAGUAAGGGGAUCUCACCUAAAAUCAGGCGCUGGAAUGACAAUUUUUACAUCUGGCGAGUCGACCUAAACGUAAAGAUGGGUUUAUGUAAAUGUCCCAAGAGAAAGGUCACCAACUUGUUUUGUUUUGAACACCGUGUGAAUGUGUGUGAGCACUGUUUAGUUGCAAAUCAUCCGAAGUGUAUAGUCAAGUCAUAUUUGCAAUGGCUUCAAGAUAGUGACUAUGAUAUCAGAUGCAGUUUGUGCCACAGUGAACUCGCAGAUGGAGAUGUAGUUAGGUUAUUAUGUUAUGAUGUAUUUCAUUGGUCAUGCUUGGACGAGUAUGCAAGACAGCUUCCCCCACACACAGCUCCAGCAGGCUACACCUGCCCCUCCUGUAAUGUUGGUAUCUUCCCCCCUGGUAACAUGGUAUCACCCGUCGCUGAGGUUCUCCGAGAGUCCCUGUCCAGAGUCAACUGGGCGAGGGCAGGCUUGGGGCUUUCCCUUAUAGACGAGCCACACCAGCCAUCACAGAGGUUGCAAAUCGACGAACCUGAAGAAGAAUUGUACAAAACACCACAGAGCAGCAUGACCGAACCAGCUCUGAAGCCGAGUACAGAGAUAGACAGUGCUGUAUACAGGCCUGUGGAAAGCACAGUAUUACAAGCCAGAACAACAAGUAGCAGUGUGAAUAUAGAUAGUAAAACGCCACUACUAACACCAGAGACAUUAUCAAGUGGUCAAUUACCAGCAGCUCACAAGAGACAAGGUGGUAGCAAAGAUGAUGAAAUUGUAGAUAUUAUACAAGACCACGAUGUGGACAAAUACAAGAGACGAAGCGCCCUCAAUUGGUUUGCAAGAUGGUUCAAAUCAAGGUCAGGAAAGUCUACCACAGAUGCCAGUACACCAAUGCGACGCUACGCUAUCCUCCUCAUCCUUGGAGUCAUUGCCUUCUUCACCAUCGUAGUCAUCUUGACCCAGGCUGGCCGAGCCGCCUCCAACUCAGACCCCUUCCUUGAUCCCAUGGCCAACCCAAACAUCAGAGUAGGCAGGAAAAUCCUGGAGCUGGGAUCACAUCUGAGUUUGGAUCUAGUCUGAUGAAAUCUUAACUAUUUAUUCAUAGACAUGGUGAACAAAUUUAAUAGACUCCUUGCAUAAUGCGCGCGCUGAGCUCACAUGCACGUUUUUACGCAUAAAGAACAGCUAUCAUAAAAUAACUUUCCUGUUUGACCACAGUGAGGGCACUUUUUGACCCCAGUGAGGGCACUUUUUGACCCAAGUAAGGGUGCUUUUUGAGCGUGUGAAGUCAGAUGCAAGAGGUCUAUUUGACAUUCACUGGAAGUAACUGGGCGUUCUCAAUCAAGGGGGGGUGUAGAGUAAUUAUUUGUAUGGGUACUUUACAAAGAGAAACGGUUUACAAGAAGUGUUGAGGCAUACACAAAUACUGGUACACCUGUAAUUGUAUUAGUUGAUGUAAUAGAACCAUCAAUUUGUGCAUUUUCCAAUAUUCCAGUCUUUAUUAGUUGAAAAGUGUAUGCACAAAAGAUGUUUUACAUGCAAAGAAACCUAAACUCAUUUUUAUAUAGUCAUUAUUCAAUUUUAAAUAAUUUUCCAACUAGAUAUAAUGAGGAUGAAUUUUCCCUUGUCUCAUUUCAUAGGGAGUGAGGUUGUGGAAUAGGGUUCUUUUCCUUAAUUUUAUUUGUAUUUAGGAUUUUGCAAAAAAGUAAGUUAAAACAAGUAUUCUUGGCUGAAAAUUGCAAAAGAAACAUUUUAUAGGAUAAUAGUUUUUGUUUUCAUAACAGCAUUCCCUUUAUGAAAAAGAUUACACAAUGUUAAGUUUUUGAUGAUAACUUUGACUUCUAAUGUUUUAAGCGCUUUGAGACACACUACAGUGUGUAAAGCGCUUCAUAAAAGUUGAUUAUUAUUUUUUGUUAUUUACUAGUUGAGCUGUUUUAUUCUUGUUGAUGAAGUUGUGACUUCAGAACCGACCAACAGUAAUUAUAUGCAAGUCGUGAUCCCAUCUGCUUUUGCCCCAAUCGUUAAACAAAUAGUACUAAUAAUCAAAUAUUGCCCAAAAUAGUUGUAAGCAUCCAUGUUUGCCUGAAUCUUCUUGCAUAAUUUAUCAUCUUUCACUUAAUAAAAGUUUUGUUUUCCACACUUCAACUUAUUUUAUAUCCUCUGAAAUGUGAAGGUUGCCAUCUUGGCCCCUUAACCAUUUUAACUUAAAUCAACUGUACAAUCAAAAGUGAAUGUUUGGGGUUGUUGGUAUAUAUAUCGUUGUACAUAAUAAUAUGAAACAUAGAACCAUUUACUUGUAAAUAAAUAAC